UUAAUCGCAGCCUCCUUGACUGUGAGGUCUCGUGCCUGUUAGUGGAGCAGCGCGAGCGGCUCAGCUGUUUGAACGCUAGACGGUCUCAGUUCAGACCGAAGUCCGGACUUCAUCGUUCUUCAGUUUUUUGUGAAUGUUACAGAUCCUGGUCUUCUUGUUUCCGGGUGUUUCAGACCGGAAUGUGGUCUAAACGGUCUCUGGACUAAGGUUUGUGGCUCUCCUCUCAGGUUGUGAUCCCGCAUCACCUGUCCGGUACUGGUGACGGUGUUUGGAGUCAUAGGGACCCCUGAGACCGGGUCGACAUGCCGGGGAUAAGAGGACUACUUCUCUUUGGUCUCUGUCUGAACCUCCACACAUGCCGGGCUUUCCCCAGUCAGCUACCCGACCUCAGCACCGCGCCGCCCGGCCACCUCUCCCUCACAGACCCACUCCUGGACUACGACCGGCUGGAUGAGGAGCUGGGUCGGAGCGGGACUGAAGAGGCGGAGAGCUGCGGCCCGUGUGAGCCGGACCUGUGCCCGGAGACCCGGGGCUGCAGGGCCGGACUUGUGCUGGACUCCUGCGGGUGCUGCAAGGAGUGCGGGAACCUGGAGGGCCAGGCCUGCGACCCGGGAGACCGCAGCGUCUACUACGGGCUCUGCGGGACCGGGAUGCGGUGCCAGGCGGACCCGCGGCCAGGAGGACAUGGAGGGGAGGAUGAUGAUGAGGAAGAGGUGUGUGUGUGUGAAGACCAGGAGGCGGUGUGUGGGACUGAUGGAGUCUCCUACAUGAACGUGUGUCAGUUCAGAGAGGCUGGUUUCUCCAAACCUGGACUCAAGACCAAAGGAAAGGGGCCCUGCAAAACCGUGCCCAUCAUUAAGGUCCCCCCUCACAGCCAGGUGAACGGGACAGGUAGCAGUCUGGUUUUCCUCUGUGAGGUCUUUGCGUUCCCGAUGGCUCUGGUGGAGUGGAAGAAGGAGGGCCGUGACGUGAUCCUGCCUGGAGACGACCCUCACAUCUCCGUCCAGUCUCGGGGGGGUCCUCUGAAAUUCGAGCUCUCCAGUUGGCUGCAGAUUGAAGGGGCGGAGCCAGGGGACUCUGGAACCUAUCGCUGCAUUGCACGUAACAACAUGGGGUCUGUGUCAGCAUCCGCUGUGCUGGGCGUACUGGGAGCAGAGGAGCUGUCGUCCUACCUGGCCAACAGCGUGUCAGAAAUGAAGCAGCUGAUGGACGCCACAGACUACGACCAGGACUUUUACUGACCGACGUGUGAUGUCACUUCCUGUCACCUUACACUGUUCGGCCCAUCAUCCUCUGACAACACAGCGACAGACUCUCUUCGCCGAUGCAUCGUCGUACCACACUGUGGCGUUGGACCACACAGACUUCGGUCAGCACGAGAGGUCAGAGGUCACGUGAUGGGCUGCGGACUCUGCAGCGUCAGGCCGGUUUGUUUUUGUAUGUUAAAGUACGGCUCAUAUUCUCCUCACUGUAUCGCCACGUUACUCUGACGACACGCGGGGCGGUGACACGGAGGCUCAGCAUGUUGAACGUGUUGUGGACGCCGCAGGUUUGAGCCCGAGACUCCUGUCAGCUCUCCGUGUGAAAGUACAUUUAUAUUAUUAAUAAAAUAAAAAUAAAACCUG